GUCCUAGCGCCUGCCGCUCCCUGGCUGUGUCCCGAGCUCCGUCGGUGAGAGGAGCUGCCGUUGACGCCACGAAGCCAGCCCCAGUCUGUUCAGAGAAGCCCCGCCCAUCCAGGCCAUGGAGGUAGAGUCUUCGGAGGAGAGGUCCCCAGCCCCCGGCUACAAGCGCUCUGGCCGCCGCUAUAAGUGCCUGUCCUGUACCAAGACGUUUCCCAAUGCACCCCGGGCAGCACGCCAUGCUGCCACACAUGGGCCUGCAGACUGCACAGAGGAAGUGGCCGAGGCAAAGCUGAAGCCAGAGACAGACCCCAAAGCGGAGGAUGCCAGCGGGGACAAGGUGUCAGGUGCAGCGGCGAAGCCUCGGCCGUAUGCAUGCCCGCUGUGCCCCAAGGCCUACAAAACGGCACCAGAGCUGCGCAGUCACGGGCGCAGCCACACAGGCGAGAAGCCCUUCCCUUGCCCCGAGUGCGGUCGCCGCUUCAUGCAGCCCGUGUGCCUGCGCGUGCACCUGGCCUCGCACGCCGGCGAGUUGCCCUUCCGCUGCGCGCACUGCCCCAAGGCCUAUGGCGCACUCUCCAAGCUCAAGAUCCACCAGCGCGGUCACACCGGCGAGAGGCCCUACGCCUGCGCCGACUGUGGCAAGAGCUUCGCUGACCCCUCGGUGUUCCGCAAGCACCGGCGCACGCACGCAGGCCUGCGGCCCUACAGCUGCGAGCGCUGCGGCAAGGCCUACGCGGAACUCAAGGACCUCCGCAACCACGAGCGGUCCCACACUGGCGAGCGCCCCUUCCUCUGCUCAGAGUGCGGGAAGAGCUUCUCCCGCUCGUCCUCGCUCACGUGCCACCAGCGCAUCCAUGCGGCGCAAAAGCCUUACCGCUGCCCGGCCUGUGGCAAGGGCUUCACGCAGCUCAGCUCCUACCAGAGCCACGAGCGCACGCACUCUGGCGAGAAGCCCUUCCUUUGCCCCCGCUGCGGCCGCAUGUUCUCUGACCCCUCGAGCUUCCGGCGCCACCAGCGGGCGCACGAGGGUGUGAAGCCCUACCGCUGCGAGAAGUGUGGCAAGGACUUCCGGCAGCCAGCCGACCUGGCCAUGCAUCGGCGGGUGCACACAGGCGACCGGCCAUUCAAGUGCCUGCAGUGUGACAAGACGUUCGUCGCGUCCUGGGACCUCAAGCGGCACGCGCUGGUGCACUCCGGCCAGCGGCCCUUCCGCUGCGAGGAGUGCGGGCGAGCCUUCGCCGAGCGAGCCAGCCUCACUAAGCACAGCCGGGUGCAUUCGGGUGAGCGCCCCUUCCACUGCAACGCCUGCGGAAAGUCCUUCGUGGUCUCGUCAAGCCUGAGGAAGCAUGAGCGGACCCAUCGCAGUAGCGAGGCCGCAGGGCCUCCCGCGCAGCAGGAGCUAGUAGUGGGGCUGGCGCUGCCGGUCAUACGUACGCUGGGGACCUAUCCCUUCCAGACAGAUGGUACCAAUCACCACAUUUAG